AUGCACUCCUUCCUAACCCCCUUUCUCUUCUUCAUCCUCCUUCUCACCCCGAUCCUCACCCUCGCCCAACAACAAAAACCAUCAAUCUACAUCCCUCCAUCGAAAUCCGGAUACACCUACCUGGGAUGCUACAACGAAACGACGGACUUACCUGACACCGCUGGCCUGCGCGCCCUAAACGGAGGGAAGAAUGUGGUGAAGCCCGGUGAGAUGACGGUCAAUAUGUGUCUCGAAUUUUGUAGCACCGGUGCGGGGGAUAGUAAAGGCGGGAAUACGGCGAUGUUUGAGUACGUGGGGUUGGAGUAUUCACGGGAAUGCUGGUGUGCCCGGUCGCUGUCGGGCUUGUCGGAGAAGUUUCCGGAUGAUGCGUGUAACUUGCCGUGCGACGGCAAUGCCACGCAGAUUUGUGGUGGGAAUCUGAAGUUGACUGUCUACAAAGCUGGUACGAUGAAGAGUCUCGCAAGUCUAUCCGCUGCUGGAUUGGCAGCUGUCAUGACAAUGAUCUCAAUUCUCUUUUAA